AUGCGAUGCAUCGAGGACAAAGCCCACGAGUCAGAGAAGAAGCUCCAAGAGCAUGCAGAGAAGCAUCUAGCGUCAUCCUCGGCAGCGACAAGCUUGAAAGGGCGAGCCGAGGCCAUGGAGAAGAACCAUGAAGAGAUGAAAGACAGGUUGAACAAAGCUGACGUGGCAAUCACAGACUACCGGGUUCUCGCGGCUGAGAACAAAAGGAACAUAGCGAAGCUGCUCGAGGUUGUCUCGAGUCCAGACGUCCUUGUCAACCUAGAGGCUUCUUUGCGCGAAGUGACGAAAAUCAGUCAGCACAACAAGCAGGCCAUCACCACGCUGAACACCAAAUGCAGCGAGCUGUCCCAGCAAGAGGAAGAGGCACAGAAAAACACGGAGCACCUCGGAGAGCAAGUCCUUCAGCUGGGCAAGCGAGCCGGGCGGAUGGAAAACGUCUUGGGCCUGGAGGAGUUGGGCAAGGUCGGAAGCCCUUACGACGAGUGUUUCAAUGAGAUUCAACGGGCGCGACGUGAUAGCAACAGGGACGGCCAUGACGAUCAGAAAACUGGCGUGGUUUUCAAGAGCGGCAUCCUCUUGACGGAGCAGCAGAUUGCCGCUUUCCAGAAGACUUUCACCGAGUUCGACUUGGAUGGCUCCAACACAAUCAGUGUUGGGGAGUUGGACGCAGUCUUACACCAAAUGGGUCUGGAGCCUCCCAUGGACAUCGUCUACGCCAUGCUGGAGGCCAUCGACAUUGACAAGAGCGGUGACAUUGACUUCGAUGAGUUCUGCGCCCUUUUGACCAAAAUGCUCGGCCCUGAUGGUAGGGUGGACAUCGAGAGAAUGCUUCGGAGCAUGUUCGACAGCAUGUCCUACGAAGCAAAGCAGCGAAAGGCGGUAGAGACCGUCAUCCUGCACACGACCGAGCUUCGCGAACACAAGGAGGUGAUCUAUCAGGAGCAGUCGAAGCUGCAUGAGGUGGGCGAUCAAGUCUCGAACCUCCAGGGUGGCUACGACAACUUGGCCGAUGAAGUGAAAAAGCUUCGGCAAGGCUUAGACCUGAACCAGGAGUACUGGCGGGGCUUCUCACGCGGUUUGAAGGAGACGAGGAAGACGGUACAUGCCGAGGGGGAGGAGGUACCGCUUCCUAGCGCGCAAAAGCUGCGGAGCACGCUCCCACCACUUACAGCAAGGCCGUCCACGGCACAAACUGCAUCAACCAUGGCGCAGACCGCAGGGUACUCGACGUUCUGA